AGUGUUUUACAUCGUCUCUUAGGAACACGUAAACAAUGGCGGAAAGUUUAAGAAUUUCUUCUGUGCGUUCGGAUACAUGAACUGAUUUCGUGAUCAGUAUAUGAAAUAUGCAAGAAUUUCAAUAUGGAAUCACUAACAAAAUUGAUUUAUGUCAUAGCCGCCAUUUUAUUUGCUGACAUGUGCUCGUGUCAAGAAAUUGGCACAGUUUAUAUAGGAGACCCUACAAAUACAACAGCAUAUGCUUUCAAUCUAAAUAGAGGUCGACAAAAUCUGUCAAUCAUCAUCCAAAUAACUGAUCUGGCCGACCCUGCGACAGAUGUAGCUCUGAGAGAUACGGUUGACAUCAGCUGUGAAGCAAGUGAUAACAGGCAAGGCUAUACGGCUGUUACCUUCGCCUCCCUCACCUUCUCACCAGGAGGCCCUUCUGCCAGUGCCAUCUCCUUUGCUUUGACACGAGCAGGGCGGAGUGUGGAUAUCCGAUGUUAUGGUACCUCGAGAGGCCUGGCCUGCCCCGCCAACACAACGACCGGCGCCACGCCCCCCCAGCCCCAGUUCUGUCCCUCCACCUCACGCAGCACCCCUGUAUCACUAAAAGUCCAACCGGCGCCAAUUGUGAGCUUCUGCGACUCUCAGAUUUCUGUCCCUAAUGACAACGCAUUGGUAUCUAGCUUCGGUCUUGCCCUCAGUGAGGUGGUGGUGAACGCCCCGGUGGACAUCAGCUGUCGGAUCACUGGGUAUGGUGGCCUGAAUAUGACAUUUACAGCAUUUCUCGCCGUUGUUGGUGUCAGCACAGUAACUAUUCAGUACCAGAUCACAUCACCAGGAACUUCUUCCAACGUCUCCUGCUCGGCCAACUCACGGGGAGACAACCAGUAUCUCACUGCCACAUCCCAAGAUGACACUUCAACAGUGAUGUUCGUUCAGAGUGUCGGGAGUGUCACACUCCUCCCAGUCAUCACUCCGGCUUACUCCAAUUCAUUCAAGGGUAUGCUGACACUAGAUGCGGGUGUAUCAGCUGACAAUGGCAUCAGUUUUGAGUGUCAGGCUGUUGUAGCAGACAGCAUGGCUCAAGCCCUUCAGCUGAUCCAAACACCAUUGUGCAACUUUACAACAGCCAACGCCACGACAACGCCCGCAACUACAACAUCAACAACGCCUACAGCGCCACCAACAAGUCCUCCAACGACUGACAACUCCACCACCGACCCGAAUGCAACUACAACCACACCAUUUAUACCAACUACUACACCCAUCCCUGUAGACCUGUCAUCGCCAUGGAAACCGGAUGAGGCUUCAUUUACUUUCACAAGUAAAGACCAGAUCUACAAGACAGUGAUUGUCCAACGUGAGAGAGCGGUCAUCGCCCCGGUCACCGAGCUUGUUGUGCUGACCUGCUGUGUGCGGGUCAGCACUCUCAAGUACACAGGGAUGGCCGCGGCCAUGCUGACCGCAAACGACCUCACCCCCGACUUCUGCUCCAACUGCACCGGGGGACCGACAUCGGGUGACCUGGGCUCGGAGAGGGUGUUACAGAACCCCGGCUUCGUGGAGGUGGCGCCGUGUCCCUGUGACCUGUCCUACUCCGUCUGUGACAUCAACUGCUGCUGCGAUGCUGACUGCACAGCUGACAAGAGAAAGACUUUCAGCUACUGUCUGCCUGGUCCGUACGGUGGCCAGGGCUCUACGACACCAUUCCGCAGCUGUUACUCCAACCAUACCUUCAAGGAGGACUGGUUCCCACUGCUGUGUGUGGAGUUUGAGACUAAUGCCCUACUGGGGCUGUUCCAUGGCAACACUGGCGCCGUGAAGACCGACACAGCCUUUAACAGCCGGCUGUCAGCGCAGGCCAUCAGAUACUCCUACAGGGAGACAGAACGGCGCUUCAGCGACCCCAACUCUGGCCUGGUGGGAUACAAGGAGGGAGCCAGCAUCCGGACCCGCAGGGAUGACGUCCCCUCCUCCCCUAGGGGGGUGUUGACUCUGCCGGCGAGGUCCAUGGGUGGAGCGUGUCUCAACGUCGUGCCUGUCCGCUUCCAGCAGGACAGAUCAUCCAACUGCGUGCAUGACAACGUCCGCAACAUGUGCGGACCCGACUCCAUGCUCAGUGCCAGGAUAUACGCUGAGAUGACCUCCACGUCUCAUCCCCCGUGUCCCGAGGCGUACCGGAUUCUUGAGAACUACGGUGGAUCUAGUACUAAUAUCCCAAUAGCCAAUACGUACGUCAAUUAUUACUGUGCCAGUACUGACGCGAGUUACGUGAAAUCGUCAGUACGAUACAGUGAUGCGGUACAGCCAACAGUGUCAUGGACCUUUCGACGAGAACUGGACACAGAAAACUGUACCUUGCCGUGCGGGGACCCUGCUUGUUUACAAUACAACGUGGAUCAGGAGAUCGUGACGUCACUUCCUCCACGUUGUGCAUGGGAUGAUGGGUACAGUCGACCACCAGUACCGUCGCUCGGAACAACAGGUGCUUGUGACAAUGUUGUGGUGGAUGUUCGCUACAUUUUCACCUGGACGGGUCAGCGUAUUGUUAAUCUGAAUGCCACGGUGAUUUUGGCACCGAUUACGUUAGGCGUCAACCCGCCUAGUUUGACGCAGAGUUUUGAUGUGAAGUUUGAACAUCAGAUGUCCUUCCAGAGUAAUAGCACCGACAACUACGAAAACCAAACAGAGGCCUUUGACCGAUCUGGAAAACCAGGCUAUGACUAUGGUAAACCGUUGGCCAGUGGGUGUCCAGUCAACGAUGCCUCUUCCACCUUCUUGUACGUCGACCGGAACACCAGCCGCCAGAUGUCCGUGUUUCAGACAGGUGCCGAUGGUCUGUGCUACUCUGCGACCCGACGAACUCUGACCUUUGGUGAGGACAUACUGGCCAGCUGCAACCUGAGGCUCAACAUCGACCGCAUCAACAACUGCACAGACCUCGAACAGUUGGUCCUGAAUCAUCUGAGUGUGUUGAUGCCCUCCGACUGGAUUGGUCGUCAAGGUUACAACGACCCCUUUGAUUCAACAAUGUGGGUGGCGGUUCUCAGAGACAUUCCCAUCCUGAAUGAGACUACCGCUGACAACAACACGACACCUGGCAACACCACCGAGGAUGUGUACAUGCCGAUAGACAACGUGAGGGGGGUCUGCGCCAACAUCACCAGCGGAGUGAAUCUGGUGGUCAUGUAUGGGGAGACAGGACAGGUGAAUGGCUACCCAAUCAGGGAGGUGGUUGGAGCUCGAGUCAGCUACACCAAGACAGACUGGAGGAUGCAGUGCAGUGGAGCGGACUCGGGUCGCUGUGGGGUCAGCAGUCAGUACGUGCAGACAUUCACCCUGACCAGCUCCGUCACCUUCAUCAAGGUCCCAGCCUCCGUGCCGGAACCUAGAAUCAAAUUCUACACUUCCAAAGAUCCAUCCUGCACUACCGACACAUGUGCCCGAUACUACGAAGACUUUGAACAGACUGUGUGUAAAUAUGACACAUGUUGGUCUCAGCUGCUGUACCCGAUCACCAAGAGCUAUGGAGCUGACCCACCCAUGUACACACUCGCCUUCUCACUAGUGGCCAUCUUUUUCAUCAUUGGCUACUUUAUGAUUACCCGCCCUUGGUUCUAAUUUCGGGGGAGAUUUUUAUCACACAUACAAUUUUUUACCACCUCUGUCCAUGUCUUUGGGGUUCCUUAUCUCCACUGUGCCAGUUCAAAGCAUUCUAUUUCAAACUACUUCUCUAAAUCAUGGAAAUUAUUUUUGAUUGCAUAGAGGAUAUAAAGUAACUGGAGUUAGUUUUCAAGAGAUUGUUAUCGAGUUCCGUCCCUAUUGUAGAGAAAAUGUAAAUUUGCAUAUAGUAUGUAUUGUAUAUUGUUUUGUACAUGUAUGAUUUCAUUGUACAGUCAUUGCAGCCAUAUCAUCUUUGUAAUAAAUUAUUUUAUAUUUA